AGAAGUUCUGAAGUUUACAAGGUUCGGAACCGGCUCACUAAGGGUGUGUUUGAACCGGGGAGAAAAUGGACAUAUUGACACCGGGCAACCAUGUGUGGCUGCAUGACAAUAAGCAGGUUAAAGCAGCAAGAGUUGAGAAGGUUGAAAACAAUCAAGUGAUAUUGUCACAUAACUAUGGGGAGACUGUUAGUUACCCGGUAAAAGUUGCAGCAGGACUAACAACAGCCAUGCAUUCUACAAGCAUACACGGUGUGGAGGAUAUGUCCAAAUUAUCUGAUCUCCACGAGGCCGCCAUACUUAAUAAUUUACAGAUUAGAUACAAAGUGGACAAUAUUUACACUUACAUUAGUUCCAUCCUUGUCGCUGUCAAUCCUUACAAAGCGAUAGAAAGUAUAUACGAUAUGAAAACAAUGGAACGAUAUAAUAAGAAACACAUCGGGGACAUCUCACCUCAUAUCUACGCUAUAGCCAAUGAAUGUUAUUAUUCUAUGUGGAAAAGUCGAGAACACCAAUGUGUUCUCAUCAGUGGUGAAAGCGGUGCCGGAAAAACUGAGAGUACAAAGUUUAUAUUGAGUUAUUUAUCAGAGAUGAGUCAAGCAGCACUCGUAGAUAUGGCCAACAAAGAUAUUAAUGUAGAGAAAGCAAUACUACAAAGCAGUCCUAUUCUAGAAGCAUUUGGAAAUGCCAAGACGAUAUACAACAAUAACUCCAGUAGAUUUGGCAAGUUUAUUCAACUGCAGUUCUCAGAGAAAGGAAAUAUUGCUGGCGGAAAAAUUAAAGAUUUUCUUUUAGAAAAGAAUCGUGUCGUUGGUCAGAAUCCCCAAGAAAGAAACUAUCAUAUAUUCUACAGUCUAUUAGCUGGUGCAUCUCCAGAAAUGCAAGAGAAACUUAAGUUGUCUUCGGCUAACGCUUUUCAUUAUUUAAAUCAAAGUGGGUGUAUUACUGAUGAAUUUAUUGACGACAAGACUAACUUUGACAGCAUCAUGGAAGCGAUGCGCGUAAUGAGAUUUCGAGAGGACGAGAUCAUGGAUAUAUUCCAGGUGUUAUCAGCUGUGUUACACAUUGGUAACAUGGACUUCAUUACGGCUGGAGGUGCUCAGAUAUCAGAUAAAGGAGCUCUGGAGACAGUUGCCGGGUUACUGCAUCUAGAUGAGUAUCAACUAAAUGAUGUUAUGACACAGAAAUCAAUGAUUCUAAGAGGUGAAGAAAUUCUUACACCAUUGGAGAUUGACCAGGCAAAGGAUUCCCGUGAUUCAUUAGCAAUGAAUCUCUAUGCUAGGUGCUUUGAAUGGAUAAUUAAGAAGAUCAAUUGUACUAUCAAAGGCAGCGAAAACUUCUGCUCCAUUGGUGUCCUCGACAUAUUUGGUUUUGAAAACUUUGAGGUGAAUCGGUUUGAACAAUUCAAUAUAAACUAUGCUAACGAGAAGCUGCAGGAAUAUUUCAAUAAACAUAUAUUUUCCUUAGAGCAGCAUGAAUACAAUACAGAGGGAAUCAGAUGGGUUGAUAUAGAUUGGUCUGAUAACUGUGAAUGCCUAGAUCUUGUACAAAGGAAACUUGGUAUCUUAGCCCUGAUUGAUGAGGAAAGCCGAUUUCCCAAAGGAACAGACCAAUCCAUGCUGACAAAGUUACACAGAGCUCAUUAUGAGAAUGCCUACUAUAUAAAACCCAGGAUCACCAAUAGUAAAUUUGGCAUCAAACACUAUGCCGGAGAUGUGUUUUAUGAAAGUAAUGGAUUCCUGGAAAAGAACAGGGACACAUUCCGAGAUGAUUUGUUGAUGGCGUUAAAAGAAAGCAGGUCUGAUUUCAUAUAUGAUCUAUUUGAGAAUGUCAAAGCUUUAAAAGCCAACAAUACUAAGACUAUAAGGAAGAAAGCAACAGUCAGUGCACAGUUCAAGGAAUCCUUAAACUCAUUGAUGAAUACAUUGAGUUCAUGUAAUCCGUAUUUUGUGAGAUGUAUCAAACCUAAUUCUAAAAAGCUUCCUGAGAUCUUUGAAGCCCAGCUUGUUAUGAAUCAAUUAAAGUACUCUGGUAUGUUAGAAACAGUAAAAAUAAGACGAGCUGGCUUUCCAGUUAGAAGAUGUUUUGAAGACUUUGUCAGAAGGUACAAGAUGUUGAUUCCAUCACAGCAUGCAAGUGAAGAAAUGCCAGAAAUCUGCUUAUAUAUUUUAGAGAAAUAUGAUGAAAAUAGGAAAAACUGGCAGCUAGGAAAGACCAAAGUGUUCCUACGAGAACAGUUAGAAUAUCAGCUGGAAGUGGAAAGAGAGAAACAGUUGCAUGCAUAUGCCACAGUCAUCCAGGCAUAUACAAAGAUGUUUGUCUCAAGAAAGAAGUUUAGAAAGAUUGUUUUUCAGAUUGUGGCUAUUCAGAAAACGUUCAGAGCUUAUUUCUAUAGAAAGCAGUACUUGCGUACUAGAAAAGCCAUCAUCAGGUUACAGUGCUUUGGUAGGUCUAUAAUGGCACGGAAUGUAUAUCUGAAGAAACUGGAAGAGAAGAGAAUAGAGGAAGAAAGAAUCCGAGAAGAACAGCGGAAAAGAGAGGAAGAAGAACGAAGGGAAAUGGAGAGGCUUGAACAAGAAAAGAAAAUUAGAGAGUUAGAAGAACUGAAGAAAAAGUUAGAAGAAGAAGCAAGACUGAAAAGAGAGCGCGAGGAGGAACAGAAACGAAAGGAAGAAGAAGAACGUCAAGCAGCGAUAAUACGAGUCAGACAGUUAGAAGAAGCUCGAAGAUUGGAAGAAGAAGAGGCAAGGAGAAAGAUUAGUUACACAUCACAGUUGAAAACCAAUGAAUCCAGUGCGUGGAAAUUCAUCGUUCAUGGACGGAAGAAUUCUUACCAUUUACACACGUUAUCUUACGAUGAGUCGUGGAGAUGGGUGUGUGCCAUACAAGAUGUUAUAGACAGUAAACCACCGAUAGAAACACCAACACAAUUACUUAUUAAUGAUCUCAGGGAAGCCGCUUCAGAAAAUAAUACAGCAUUAAUAAACCAGAUAUACUCACGUAAUCCUAUACUGAGGAAUACGCCCCACACCUUGAAAGCACCGCUGUUACCACUGCCAUAUGGGCAAAUAGCAUCUACAGACUUAGACAAAGGUUAUACAAGUUUACAGGAAGAAGCUGUUAAAAUAUUCAGUACAUUACAAGGUUCUGAAAACGUCGGUGAUCCUGUUCCUGUCAUUCAGGGUAUCAUGCAGACCUGCCAUGAUUUGAGACCGUUACGAGAUGAAGUCUACUGUCAGUUGAUAAAACAAACCACAGGCAUUCAAGAUGUUGACAGUCUUAAUAAUCUUAGGAAUUGGCAAAUAAUGGCUUGUAUGAGUUGCACAUUCCUACCAAGUAGAAAAAUACAACGAUACCUCAGAUUCCACUUAUUAAGACAAAUUGAAGCCUAUCCAGACAGCCAGGUAGCUAAAUAUGCCCAGUAUGCUGUGCAAACGUUGAAAAGAACCAGAACAAGAGAAUAUGUACCUUCUAGAGAAGAAAUUAUGUCUUGUUUGGCACGGCGUGAGAUGAAUGCCACUGUGUAUUGCUAUGGUGGUGGAUCAUGUAAGAUUUCCAUUAAUUCUGCAACCAGUGCUGGUCAGGUUAUCACAACGCUGCUGAAGGGAAUGAGUCUGGAAAAGUCAAAUAACCGAUUUGCUCUGUUUGAAAAAUGCGGAUCAACGGAGAAGGUGAUUGAGGAAAGAACGAUAUUGGCGGAUAUCCUUGCGAAAUUUGAACAGUACAAACAUCAAGGUAUCGGGGAAGGGCGCCAUCAGUGGCAGUUAUUCUUCAAGUUGCAUUGCUUUAUGGAUACCACUAAUGUGGACAAAGACACUAUAGAAUAUAGCUUUAUGUUUGAACAGGCACAUGAACAAGUAAUACAGGGACAAUUUCCUGCAUCUGAGGAUAUGCUACAACACUUAGCAGCUCUACGAAUACAGUUUGUGAAAGGAGAUUACGCCACAGGGACAUGGAUAGAUGACAUGGGGUCUUAUUACUGUCUUGAUAAGCUACACUCCAGUAAACCAAUCAAGGAAAAGGAAAAUGAAUCACCUGUACGAUCACAGGAGAAAAGAGAAAAUUUCUUGGUGGGCACAUUAAGAGGUUUGGGCAGAGGAACAUUAAGAAAACUACAGAAAGCUUCUUCUGACGACAGUUUACUGGUUGAUGAAGUUUUCAAAGAAGACCUAUCGGCAGUAACAACUGCAGUUACAGAGAAAUGGAAGACACUGAAGGGAUUAUCGGCAGAUGAGGCACAAGAAAAAUACAUGGCUAUUGUGAAACAGUGGUCUGGAUACGGUGCUACAAUCUUUAAUGUCGUUGGCAAAGAAGGCAUCUUCCUAGGUGAGCUGUGGUUGGCUAUCAGUUCAAAGAUGAUCGCAUUUUACAGAAGAGGAGAUACCAAGCCAAUUGAUGAAUUCACAUAUGAAAAAAUAUUGUCCUUUGGUGCUCCUUUAGACAAUGAAUACAGGAUUGUUGUGGAGGGUCAUAAGACGCCAUUCAUAUUUGAAACAACUUAUGUGUUUGAAAUCGCUAAGUUGAUGAAAUCCUACAUCAAUGAGAUAGUAAAGAAGAGACACAGCAUUGCGAUGGACGACAUCGCGAUGAACAGAGCACCAGUGUCAAUCAGACAUAGUAUGGUUAUUGAUGACGAGAACUCAUUGAACAUUGCUAUGAAUAGAUCACCCGUGUCUUUGAAUGCUAGUAAUCACUUUUAG